GUGCAGACGCAUAUCAUUUAAUACAAUGCUAAAUGAAUAGGUUGGUCAGAAUCAAUGACCACUUAAGUAACUAAGGGCUGAAGACAACAAUAGCAGUGAUGCUGAGGAAGUUGCUGCAGAUUAGAUAUCUCCUCCUGACUAUCUUCGCUGCUUGUAUUGGUGGCACCUUCCAAUAUGGGUUUAACCUGACAAUCAUCAAUGCACCAACGAUUUUCAUUCAAAAGUUUAUCAAUGAGACGUGGAUUGAACGCUAUGGCACGCAACUGGAGAAGCAGGUCAUCACACUGUUCUGGACCUUUAUUGUGACGGGUUAUUCUGUUGGAGGAUUGGUCGGGGCACUUAUUGCGGGGCCCAUGGCAGUAAGGUUUGGAAGGAGAAAUUCCCUUUUGCUCAGCAACAUUUUCGUAUUCAUUGGUGCUUUGCUGAUGGUUCUUAGCAGAACAGCAACAUGCUUUGAGUUGAUCAUAGCCGGGAGGUUCUUUUCUGGAGUAAACUCAGGUGUGGGAAUGAACAUUAACCCCAUGUAUCUCGGUGAGAGUGCACCGAAGGAAAUCCGAGGCAUGGUGACCCUGUCGUUUGCUCCAUUCACUGCGGCUGGAUUAGUCCUGGGACAGACCAUUGGACUGAGGGAGAUCUUGGGCAGUGAAGACUUGUGGCCUGUACUGUUAGCAUCCUUUGCAGCUCCAGCAAUAAUCCAACUCAUGACUCUGCCAUGGUGUCCAGAAAGCCCGAGGUACUUGCUGAUUGACAAGGAGGACAAGAACAUGUGCAUGAAGGCAUUGAGGAAAUUACGUGGAGAUGUCAAUUUCAAUGCUGAAAUGGAUGAAAUGCUGGAGGAGCAAAAAGCGCUAGAAGGUCAAAGAUCAAAGAAAUUGUGGGAUCUGUUCCGAGACCGUUCUGUCCAACGCCAGCUGAUCAUCACAUUUGUUCUGGGUAGUGCCAUGCAAUUAUGUGGGAAUGAUGCGACAUAUACAUAUGCUGUGUAUAUAUUUAAUGCUGCUGGAAUUCCUAAUGAAAAGAUUCAAUAUGCCACUAUUGGAACUGGGUGCUGUGAAUUUAUCACUUCACUAACAAGUAACUUGUUUAUUGAUCGGAUUGGGCGCAGGAUGCUGCUUAUGGGAGGUUACAGUUUGAUGGUUGGUUCGGGAAUAUUGUUUACCAUCUCCCUGACUCUCCAGGACAAGAUCAGCUGGAUGCCAUACUUGAGCAUGGCCUGCAUCUUUGCUUCUAUUCUAAGCUUUGGAAUUGGACCAGCCGGAGUUACUGGAGUCAUACCAAUGGAGAUCUUUGACCAAACUGCACGGCCUGCAGCCUACAUGAUCAAUGGUUCCCUGCUCUGGAUAAACUUUAUUAUUGUUGGCGUGCUUUUCCCAUUCAUUGUAGAAGGAUUGGGCAGUUUCUGUUACAUCCCAUUUCUUACCAUCAGUUUACUCUCUGCUUUGUUCAUCGGAUUCUUUCUGCCAGAAACGAAAGGAAAGACCCUUCUGGAGAUUUCUCGGGAGUUCCACAAAUGCAAUUUCGAGGCUCAACCGGAACAGACGGAAACAAAAAUGUGAAAUUGAUAAACCGACCGUGUUGUUAUCGAAGGUUGUGUGUCUCUGUAACAUUAUAAAUUUGCUUCUUUCUGUUGA